AUGGGCUGCUGUGGCUGUUCUGGAGGCUGUGGCUCCAGCUGUGGGGGCUGCGGCUCCAGCUGUGGGGGCUGCGGCUCCAGCUGUGGGGGCUGCGGCUCCAGCUGCUGUGUGCCCGUGUGCUGCUGCAAGCCCGUGUGCUGCUGCAAGCCCGUGUGCUGCUGUGUGCCAGCCUGUGCCUGUUCCAGCGGCGGCUCGUGUGGGGGCUCCAAGGGAGGCUGUGGCUCCUGUGGGGGCUCCAAGGGGGGCUGUGGCUCCUGUGGGGGAUCCAAGGGGGGCUGUGGCUCCUGUGGGGGCUCCCAGUCCAGCUGCUGCAAGCCCGUGUGCUGCUGUGUGCCAGCCUGUCCCUGCUCCAGCUGUGGCUCGUGUGGGGGCUCCAAGGGGGGUUGUGGUUCAUGUGGGGGCUCCAAGGGGGGCUGUGGCUCCUGUGGGGGCUCCCAGUCCAGCUGCUGCAAGCCCGUGUGCUGCUGUGGGGGCUGUGGCUCCUGUGGCUGCUGCCAAUCCAGCUGCUGCAAGCCCGUGUGCUGCUGUGUGCCAGCCUGCUCCCAGUCCAGCUGCUGCAAGCCCGUGUGCUGCUGUGUGCCAGCCUGUCCCUGCUCCAGCUGUGGCUCCCUGUCCCUGCUCCAGCUGUGGCUCGUGUGGGGGCUCCAAGGGGGGCUGUGGCUCCUGUGGCUCCUGUGGAUGCUGCCAGUCCAGCUGUGGGUCAUCCUGCAGCCAGUGCAGCUGCUGUGUCCCCAUCUGCUGCCAGUGCAAGGAGGCUUGCUUCCUCACAUCUCCCCAGCCACUGAUGUGAUGACGACAGGAGAGUCCCCAAGGCCAGGCCAACAGGGACCCAGCAGCUGUGGCCAAGUCCUGGAGUUCUAG